UUUUUCUUCGAAAAUCAGAACAAGUGAAACUAAUAGAAAAAUUACAAACAGAAUGUCCAAAUAUUUUUAUCAUUGAAUACUUCUUUCUCAAAAUAAGUUAAUAAAUAAAAUUGAAAUUAAAAAUGGCGGCUAUGGCGUCGCUGCUGAACGGCGAGAGAGCCGUGGUCGUCGUCUUCGUAACACGCGUUGUCGUCUCUCUUCCUCCUUCUCUCUUCUGCCAUGGUCUCGCACUAUCUCUUCUCGCACUCGCCGCCUUAUCCCUCGAUGUAGGAGCCGAUUAUUUCAAUUCAUUCCCACUUUUCCAUACCAGACCAGGUGUUUCAUCUGGUAUACUGUUGGGGGCUGUUACUCUGCCAACUGUUAUGUUGUCCAAGUUGAUACAGAUGGGAAGGGCAGUGUCCAACGAAAUCGAAAUUGAAGAGUUUGAGCACUUAACGAUGCAGUACUGGGCUGCUUCUGCUUGUUGCUUAGGCGUAAUAAUACUUCUCUGCAUGCAUAUAUCGUAUCCACCUAGCAAUGUGCAUUCCCUUAUUCUGCAUAGUACUUGGCAUGCAAAGUUCAGCUUGAGCUGCAUAGUCUUAUAUACAGCACUGUGCUGCAUGUCUCUUGGUACAAUCUCUCUUACUGGCUUCAACACAAUAUUAAAGCUAUUGUGGAUGUUUUGUCAUGGAUUGGCAGCUGUGAAAUUGAUACAGCAUCUUUUCAAUACUUUCCCGUCAUGUGCUUCCAUUGGAGAAGCACUUUUGGUGACAUCCGGUCUCGUUCUCUAUUUAGGUGACAUGUUGGCAUUAACCAUAGCAAAAUCAUGUAGAUUGUUGAUUACAGAAGAUGUGGUGCGAUAUGGAAGCAAAAGAAGUGAGAUUGGUGUUAUUAUUCAGGGAAUGCUGCUUGGCCUUCUUCUUUUUCCAGUGGUCUUUAGAUUUGUACUUCAAAUAUGGGAAUACUUUUUAACUAAAGCUUCUUCUCAAUCAAGGACCCACAAUGAGAUUUGGAGAUCUCUUUUAUUCUUCUUUUGCCUUGGAUUUAGCAUGAUUGUGAUUAUUCCAGCAUGGAUGGAGUUUGUUCAGGAUUUUCACAUGCAUCCAUUGCUAUGGGUCCUUCAAUUUGUCUUUUCAGAACCCGUUAAAAGAUUAUCUUUAUGCAUCUAUUGGGUGCUUGUCAUAUGUGUUUCUGUUGUGAGAUUCUAUAACAUCUCAAAGAAUAGCAAGAUUGAGAGGAUUCUUCUACGAAAGUACUACCAUCUUAUGGCUGUUUUAAUGUUUCUGCCUGCUCUUGUCUUUCAGCCAAAAUUUCUUGAUCUAGCCUUUGGUGUGGCUUUGGGAGUUUUCAUGGCAUUGGAAAUUGUUCGAAUAUGGAGACUUUGGCCUUUGGGGCAACUAGUGCAUCAAUUUAUGACUGCUUUCACGGACCAUCGUGACUCUGAUAUUCUAAUUGUCAGCCACUUUUCACUUCUGUUGGGAUGUGCACUUCCCAUUUGGAUGUCUUCUGGCUACAACGAUCGUCCUCUUGUUCCUUUUGCUGGAAUUUUGAGCCUUGGGAUUGGAGAUACAAUGGCAUCAAUGGUUGGCCACAAGUAUGGUGUCCUUAGAUGGAGCAAGUCGGGCAAGAAAACCAUUGAAGGUACUGCAGCUGGUAUUACAUCGGUUUUGGCCACAUGUUCAAUUCUGCUUCCGCUUCUAGCAUCAACUGGAUAUAUUGUUACAGAGCAUUGGUUCUCUCUUAUCGUUGCUGUUACUGUGAGUGGUUUAUUGGAGGCCUACACAACACAACUUGAUAAUGCUUUUAUACCACUUGUUUUCUAUAGUCUUCUUUGCUUGUAAAUUGUACUUACAACUUUCCAAAGGAGAACAAGAAACCAAGAAAGAUGAAAGCCUUCGGAAGAACACAACCACACUAGAUACAGAGAGAAGAAAAAAGAAAGAUGUCCACCAUUUUAAAUUUAUGUGCUCUCUUGAUCACGUUUUGUAGAUAACUAGAUACGACUAACAAGAUGACUUAUUUGUUGUUUGUCAUUUUUUCAUAGGUCUAAGUUGGGUUCUCAAUAAGGUUUAGAUUUAGCAUAAAGUAUUCCUCUGUAAUUUUUUUAGCAUACAUUUAAGUUUUAGAUAGAGAAUUACACAGAUCAUAGGAAAAAGAAAUGUUAGGACACUGAUUCUUUUAUUAAAGAAAAUCUAACCCCUAUUAUUCCGUUUUGCUGAUA